AUGCGUGCAAAUUACAACGAAAUGAAACAAGGAGUACAGUUAGCUGGUGUAAACUUUAGUGUUGAUUGCUGCUCCGACGGGAACAGAUGCGAACGCGGCCACGGACGACACAUCUCGGCUCGCUCCGUACUUUUACCGAAAUAUGAAGGUGUUUUUUGUGUGAAUACUCGGGUUUUUUCGUGUAAAAACAAGGUUAUUUCGUUUGUCGGCGGUGUAGUGGCGCGGACGUGGACGCGCGUCGUCGCGGCGCGCUCACGCGAUGUGAUAUCACCAACUUUGACGUCUGCACGACGCACAAAAACAAUUCGUACUGUGCCGUGUGUCAUGACGAAACUACGUCCCGUGCAGAUAAAACCGGUUGUCGGUUGGAUUCUUAGAAGAAUGGACGCAGUGCUACGAGUGUGGACGAUUAACAAGGAAUUUGGGUAGUGCUUGUGUACAGUGAAAACUUGGAAUUAUGGCGAAAAUGAGGUGACGAUGGCAGUUAUCAGGGUGAGCAUAAAAUUGGAUAGUCAGUCGUCAAGGCAUCUUAUGCUUUCGGUUUGACACUCGACCUUUUCUAAGAACCAGAAAAUGCACAAUUGCACCUUUUUUGAGCAUCUAUAAGUGCCUGGAUGGAG